UACUUGUGUCUUCCGUCAUAGGAUUCAUUAGUGUUUUGAACAAAGACUUUGCCGCAGCUGCACCCAUGUUUGAGACGUUAUGCAAGGAGACACGUUGGUCACCUGGCUUCUAUGGCUAUCUCGCCGCAUUAUGUAUGGGGAGCGAUGGCCAAAUUGAAGCCUCGCAUGACCUGAUGAAGAAAUUGCCUAGUAUCAUCGUGCGCAAGAACUCCAAUUAUGAGAAGUUUGUCCUGAAAAAGACGGCUCGCUUCCAGAAGGUCGCACCGACCGUGCCAAUAGCUCGCACUCUGCUUUUUGAAGUUGUCUAUCUUUGGAACUACACGCUGUUUGCUAACAUCAAGCAACGUGAGGAGCUCCUUGCACUGGUCGAAGGCGAAUGUGCUGCCUUUGACCCGUCCGAGCAGAUCCUGCUUGCUGCCAACCUCCUUGUACGCAGCAGUCUCAACUUUGAGUUGGAUCGGCCAUCAGAGGCAGAAACGUGUGCAAGGCAAGUAUUGCAGUUUGCCGAUGUGUGCGUCAAGAAGAAAGAGCAACACAUCCCUGCUUAUGCCACGUUUAUCAUCGGCCAAAUUUACCAGCAGAGCGGAGAUUUUGUGCAGAUGAAGCAAGCGAUGAGCAAAGCUAAGUCCGCCUACAGUGACUAUGAAGUAGAAGGUCGUCUUCAAACUAAGAUCAAGGUUGCUCUGGAAUCAGGAGCCACGUAACAACACUAUCUACAAACUAUUUUUUUGAAACCGACAAAUUAGCUUCAGUUGUGUACCCUAGGAAUUCCGCCCCGUAACCAAUUGAAAUGCUAGCAACUUGGUUUUCCCCGUAUGUUACCAAGGCGCAGCGUGAUGUGGAGGCUGUGCCCACACGUGCUGCGCUUCUAAUUUAAAACAUGGAGUUCAUCUUGGUAUGCUGGCGUCCACGUAUCCCGGACGACUCUCGCUUGUGUGGACUGUGCCCAAGCAACGCCAUGCACGUCUUAGCCCUCCCACCUCUGCCGUCACUAGCUGGUCAUGGGUGUGCCUUUGUCGUCGUAGUCUUUGCUGUUUAUCGUGGACAUAUCUCUUAUUAUUCAUUGGUGUGAGGGAAUCUCUAUUAGUUCUGUUCUCCUCCUCUUGGUACGAGUCCUUGCGAAACUCGACUGGAAUUGCCACCGAUGAUGAUAACAACUCAUGACGAUGACGACAAUGUAAGACCUUGCUCAAUUUGACACUGCCGGUCACUUGGCACCUAGGACCCCGUUUUCUCUCUUCUUCUCUCUAUUUUCUAUGCUACUCUCUUGGUACUUGUGUAGGUAUGUGCCACGAUGUAUUGUCUCAUUGCUACCAUAUGUGUUCGUGCCACAUGCACAACAAAAAACGCAUCUAAACCCUAGCUCUAUGCCCUAUUCGUACUCAGUAUCCGAGCUCCCCUGAUCCAUAUUUUCUGCUUCGAGAUGUGAAUGGGUCAGUUUUUCCGUUCUCUUUAGUCACUCGCUAUUUUUUCUGCUGAGCAGAAAUCGCACUUCUCGAGUUUGAUUUGACAUGAUCCUAUCCCUUAUUUAUGAAAUUUCGUAAUUCUCUCUAGUCGAAUGCUAUUCUUUUGGUAUAUUAACGUAUCAAGCACAUAAUCGGGUGCCGCCGGUUGACAGG